AUGUUGUUCUACAUCUUCUUCCUUUUGUCAGUCUGCUCUAUCCUUUCUGAUGGUGACUUUGGUGAUAGCGGUCGAGAUCAGUUUGGUGAGCAUAAAGAUCCCAUCCCGCAUAAAGUGCUACUCCAAGAAUUCAGGAGGCAUUGUUACAGAACAGACAAAGUGCUUGAUUUGACAGAAGGUGGACAGAAUGAAGUCGAAAAAGUUCGCAAUUACUUCGUACAAACUCGAAUCUUCAAAAACAAGGCGCCGUGGGAAGGACCUCAAACCCGCAUAUUCAAAAUUGACAGAUGGGCGCCUAACAAAGCAGCAGAGGCAAUGUAUCGGCGAAUUUAUCUCGACACGAAUAGAACCGCUUGCCAGCAAAAGGCAGCGGUUGACACCAUUCUUGGUGCUCUUGAUGAUCCAGACGCUCCAAAGCUUUUCUUCAUCGAUGGUCCCGGCGCUUCAGGGCGCAAAGUCGCGGACAGCGUGGACAGGAAUCGCGGCCAACCUGCUCCCAUCGGGUCGCACAACGGUGUCGUUGUUCAAGCUAAAUAUCUUAAACAACUGCGAGACAUCAUCCCACAGAAAGCAGAUGAAGGACGCGAGACUGCUCGCUGA